GAGUCCAUAUAUGCCGAGAGGAACCCUCGUGCCGCUUUAUUUCUUCUUCCCCUUUCGUUCAGCUGUUCGAUCGAUUGAAUCAAUUGUAUUUCAGUAAUUGUUUGCUUUUUGUUUUUUCUCUUCCUCUUCUUCUUCGAUCGAAGCAUGCGCUCGAUCUGGGUUUUCUGGUCUCGGUUCGGGUUCUGGAUAAGCGAUUAGAGGCGAGAUGGGUUCUAGGAAUGAGAAGGGCAACGACGAGCCGUGGAAGGAGAGGGAGCGCGCGACGAGGGCUUGGCACGUCGCUCUCUUCGGAUUGGUCGGCGUCACCGCCACUGGCCUCCUGGCUGGUCAGUUGCGCAAAACUACUGAAUGGGUAUACACUCAGUUGAGCAGAUUACGGUCCACUUCAACCUGGAGCAAUUCAACAAGUAGUUCAAGGCAUGAAGGGUCCAGACAAGAAGCUUGGAAAAGAUAUUACCGUAUUAGAAUGCAAGAGGAAUAUGAGGAUGAGAGGGAGAGAGUUGCUGGUGAGUUGCGCAAAACUGCUGAAUGGGUAUACACUCAGUUGAGUAGAUUACGGUUCACUUCAACCUGGAGCAAUUCAACAAGUAGUUCAAGUCAUGAAGGUUCCAAGCAAGAAGCUUGGAAAAGAUAUUACCGUAGAAUGCAAGAGGAAUACGAUGAUGAGAGGGAGAGAGUUGAGCGUAUAAGACAAAUGCAAAGUGUAUUUAACAGGGGGCGAAAUAAGCAUAAGACCUACAGGAGUUGGACCGACAAUGACCCUGGCAAGUACCAGUAUAUACCACGUGAAGAUUGGUACUACGAGACAAGUACAUCUCGCAGUGACCAUAAAAGUAGUUACAAAUCCACCCCAAAUUACAGGGGACAUUACACAAUGUCCCAUCAUUACACAGUCUUAGGGCUUGACAGGACAAGAGCAGAGCCGUAUACUGAUGCUGAGGUAAAGUCUGCUUUCCGCACAAAAGCAAUGGAGCACCAUCCUGAUCAAAACCAAGAGAAUAGAGUGGCGGCGGAAGCAAAAUUUAAAGAAAUUAUGAUUUCCUAUGAAGCUAUAAAAUUGGAGAGGGAAAAUCAAAAGUGCUGAUAUAUAUAUACACUCAUGUGUGUAGAUAUUGGUCAUUUCAGAAUAAAUAAAUAUAUUCAGGAAUGCAUUUGCUUCGCAAACAGAAAAAAAAAAAAAAAAACAAAGCAAGCUGGGGAACGCUGAAACGGUUUGAGCACAGGAGCAUUGACCUUCCAUGGUGUUCUUCACAGUGAAAAUAGCAACUCAAGUUCAUUUCCUUGGAAGUGUUGAGCGUCAGCAAUUGUUUUUUCUUCCCUCUGGAAACUUGCUUUCCCUAAAUAUUUAUAGUGGCUGCAAACUGUUAUAUUCUGCUAUUUCUGCUAAAAUUCAUGUUCUAGUUGAUACUGUAUGAGUAUCAUUUACUGUAAAGUGAGCUGUUACGUAUAACUGAUGCCCAUCUGACAGUACAAUUUUUAUGGGAAAAUUAUCAUUUGAAUAA